AUGAAGUCCGAUAUGUGGAAGCUCACGAUCUUUUUCUCGUUGGCAGCCCAUGCCUUUGUGCCAGGAAACCCAAUUGAUGUCCAAUCCCACCUUUUAUCAGACCCCCUUCAGGUUUCCGGCAAGCAGUACGACUACAUCAUUGCUGGUGGUGGAUUGACUGGUCUUACGGUUGCCGAGCAACUCAGCUCCAAUCCAAACAUCAGUGUCCUUGUUAUCGAGAAAGGCUUUUACGAGUCCAACAAUGGCCCUAUCAUCGAGGAUCCCAACACCUAUGGUCAAAUCUUUGAGACCACUGUUGAUCAGCAGUUCUCCACCUCAGAGCUUGCUAUCAACAACAAGACUAUGUCCAUCAAGUCUGGCAAGGGACUAGGUGGCUCAACUUUGAUCAACGGGGGUUCCUGGACUCGUCCGGAUAAAGUACAAAUUGACUCGUGGGAGAAGGUGUUCGGCAUGGAAGGAUGGAACUGGGACACUGUGUUUGAAGCUAUGAACAAGAUCGAGCGUGCUCGCCCUCCCACCGCAGACCAGAUCCUUGCAGGGCAUUCCUUCGACCCCUCCUGUCAUGGGUUUAACGGAACCGUCCACGUCGGUCCUCGUGAUGAUGGCCAGCCAUUCUCACCCAUUAUGCGAGCCCUGAUCAACACUACGUCCGAAUCUGGCAUCCCUACUCAGGGUGACUUCCUCUGUGGCCAUCCUCGUGGAGUCUCUAUGAUCUACAACAAUCUCGAUGAGGACCAAGUCCGCGCUGAUGCUGCCCGCGCUUGGCUUCUUCCCAACUACAAGCGGGAGAACCUUCAUAUCUUGACCGGCCAGAUGGUUGGGAAAGUUCUAUUUGAUGACUCUGGUCUCAAGGCUACUGGUGUCAACUUCGGCGUGAAUAAGGCAGUCAAUUUCAACGUGUACGCGAAGCAUGAGGUCUUGUUGGCUGCGGGCUCCGCUAUCUCCCCUCUCAUUCUUGAGUACUCUGGCAUUGGCCUCAAUUCCGUCCUUACCAAAGCUGGUAUUGAACAACGUUUGGAAUUGCCCGUUGGUCUCAACAUGCAAGACCAGACGACCACAACUGUUCACUCCCGUGCCAACGCACAAGGCCAAGGCCAGGCAGUGUACUUCGCCAAUUUUACGGAGGUCUUUGGCGACCGCAGCUCGUAUGCUAUUGAUCUUCUAAACAACAGCCUUGACCAAUGGGCUGAAGAGACUGUUGCCCGCGGUGGUUUCCACAAUGUGACUGCUCUGAAGAUCCAGUACUCGACUUAUCGUGACUGGCUUCUUGAGGAUGACGUUGCUUUUGCGGAGCUCUUCCUGGACACCCUGGGUAAUAUCAACUUCGAUGUCUGGGAUCUCAUCCCUUUCACCCGUGGAUCAACCCAUGUGCUAAGCAGCGAUCCCUAUCUACUUCAAUAUGCCAACGAUCCCAUGUACUUCUUGAAUGAGCUUGAUCUUCUUGGGCAAGCUGCUGCCACUAAGCUUGCUCGCGAAAUUUCAUCGAAAGGCGCAAUGAAAGGGUACUUCGAUGGUGAAACCCUUCCUGGGAACCACCUGGAUCAAGAUGCCAACCUGGACCAGUGGGUGACGUACGUACAGCAAAACUUCAGACCCAACUACCACGCUAUUGGAACAUGUUCAAUGAUGUCACAGGAACUUGGAGGUGUUGUCGAUGCCAGCGCCAAGGUGUACGGCACUCAGGGCCUUCGAGUCAUUGAUGGAUCCAUUCCGCCCACCCAGGUCUCUGCUCAUGUUAUGUCAGUUUUCUAUGGUAUGGCAAUGAAGAUAGCCGAGUCUAUACUGGCUGAUCACGCGCGGUCCUAA